AUGAACUGGAAGAAGGAAAACAAAGGAGCAACACUGAAGAAUUUAUUUUGGAAGGCUGUGAGAUCAACUAUGGUGCCGCAGUACAGCAAGGUCUUUGAAGAGAUGAAGAGUGAAAGUAUUGGAGCUUAUCAAGAUUUCAUUGGGAGGGAGGUGGCUAAAUUCUGUAAGCCUUUCUUGUCAUGCAUUCCUAAGUCUGAUAUGGUAGAUAAUAAUAUAAGUGAAACGUUCAACGGAUGGAUACUUAGUGCUAGAGGUAGACAUUUGAUACAUAUGAUGGAAGAGAUUAGGACAUCACUGAUGGUAAGACAAGUGAAGAAACUACAUAAUAUGGCUGAGUAUACUGAUAGGAUUUGCCCUAUGAUAAACAAAAAGCUUGAGACACUAAAGUAUGAGGCUAGAAAUAUGAACCCCCUACCUGCACUUCAUGAUAAAUUCGAAGUUGAUGAUUCUGGGGAGAAGUAUGUGGUGAACAUACCUGAAAAGAUAUGUUCAUGUAGGAUGUGGGAGCUCACGGGUAUACAAUGUAAGCAUGUUGUUUGUGCUAUUAGGUAUUUGAAAGAGGAACCAUCAACCUAUGUCUGUGAUUACUACACAGUUGAUAGGUAUUUGCAGGCAUAUAAAUAUGCUUUGGAGCCUCUAAAUGGGGAGAUGUUGUGGCCACAGUGUGAGGGUGACAAAAUAAAGCCCCCUCUUGUGAAAAAUAUGCCCGGGAGACCCAAGAAGAAUAGGGUUAGGGAUCCUCUUGAAGUUGAUCCAAAAAACAGACUGAAAAGGAAAGGGCUUGUGAUGACUUGUGGGAAUUGUGGUGAAAAGGGCCAUAACAAUAGGAAGUGCUAG